GGUGCUCGCUGUUCUCGGCAGCGCUGCGUUGCGAAUCGCAAUGAAAUUUCCUGUGUGUCCCAGUCCGGCUGCGGCUGCGGGGCUGCUCAGAGCGUGCGGUGGCUCUGCAGAGGCCACCUGAGCCCGGCCACCCCUCCGCCAUGGGGACAGCGUGCCCCCGGCCCGGGCUGCUCCUGGCUGCGCUCUGCCUGCUCGCCUCCCUCGGAGGAGCAGCAGCAUUCCUGAUCACCACCCCAUACUCGCUGUGCGUGUGCCCCGAGGGCCAGAACGUGACCCUGAGCUGCCGCGUCAGCGGCGCCCUGGCCGAGCGGCACGACCUGCUCUACAAAACCUGGUACUUCAGCAGCACAGGCGACCAGAGCUGCUCCGACAAGCGCCACAUCCGCAACGUCACCGACAGGGAGCUGCACCGCGACCUGGGCAGGCACCACAACACCUCCCAAAAACCCUCCCCGGGCAGGCAGAGUGGCCACCACGGCGUGGAGUUCGUCCUCGACCGCCACGGCGCCUUCCACAUCGUGGUGAUGAACGUGACGCUGCAGGACAGCGGGAAUUACUGCUGCUACGCCCUGGAGGUCAGCAGGGAAGGGCACGGCAAGCCCCACACCCUGCAGGUGGCUCAUGGCUUCGUGGAGCUGCAGAUCCAACGAGGCAAAGGAGGCCUCCAAAACUGCACAUUUCACACUGCCACCGGCAAAGACAUCACGGCGGCCGCGCUGGCCACGGGCGCCUGCAUCGUGGGCAUCCUCUGCCUGCCCCUCAUCCUGCUCCUCAUCUACAAGCAGAGACAAGCUGCCAGCAGCAGACGUGCCCACGAGCUUGUCAGGAUGGAUAGCAGCGCGCAGGGCAUUGAGAACCCGGUGUUCGAGGCGGCGCCGGCGGGCAGCGCGGAGCCCCGGCCCCGGCCCCAGCCGCACUACGCGGCCGGCAGGCUGCCCUCCGAGUCCGGCCGGCGCCUGCUCUCCGAGCCCAGCACCCCCCUGUCCCCGCCCGGGCCCGGCGACUGCUUCUUCCCCACGCUGGAUCCUGUUCCUGACUCACCGAAUUCCUUGAAAGCCUGAGGACCCCACAGAGGAAACCACAUCCUGCAGAGCAGGCCAUGCUCACCAAGACAACAGCCCCAGGAGUGCCUUAAGAAAUGAAGCUGUGUGCAGGAUCCCUGCCCUUGCCUCCCACCCUGCUCUGGGACUGGAAGUGAACCUCUCUCGCUUGGAUUUCGAUUUUUAGCUACCUGUUUCCAUGGAGAAGUGCGUGCCUCUGUACUGCUCACAUUUUACAGACUAGCUGGAAAUUGAGGAUGUGGGGAUGGGAGGAUGUCCUGCACCUGCAGACUUCCCUGAGGAUUAACUUAUUGCCAGGCUCUCAGCUCUGCAACAUCAACACGUUUCUGGAUCCUUGACUGAACAUCCUCUCUGGGAGUGGAUGGUAAAAUACUUUAUUCAGCAUGGAACAAAACAGGAUCACCAGCCAACCUUGUACAACUUUUUUCUUUGCAAAACAGGAAGGGGAGAGGCUCCCUGCUGCCACCAGAGCCCUCUUUCCUCACCAGCCUUUUGAAAUGGCCAUGGACUUGUGGUGCCUCUGCCUUUUUCAGCAGAACACAUGUUGGGAGGAGCCUUAUUUCUGCUGCACUUUUAUCCUUGGCUUGGGAUCAGGGCAAUUUAUCUUUCUGUUUGUUUCAU